UUUGUAUAGUGUAUAUAUUUUGUUUACAAAAGUGAAUGUUUUUUUCUUGCAGCUACCAUAAACAAACACUGUUCAAAACUUUUUAAUGUUAAUGUUUUUUAUAUUAUUGCAAUUUAAAAUAACUGUUCAUCUGUUUUAUUGUUGUAAUAAUUUAGAAUUAAUUGUUACCAUGGCAACGUUUAAUUUUCAGCAGCCAUUAGCUUCUCCCGCCGCAACGUACAUCUAAAAUCAACUUAAUAAUAUACAUACGUUUUAACGUUAUUGUGAGUACACUAGCGCGUCAAAACAGAAUUUUAAACUGUUAUACGUUGGGACUUUUAUUUGUGGAAGCAUCAGCUCCGGGUCACAGGUGUUUGUAUUCUGAAGAUGGCGGCGCCCAGUGAGUUGUUUUGCUGGAAGGCUGGUUUGGGUUUACCGUCAGUAAAUACAGACUGUCUCAUCGUGCUGGCAUAUGCUCGCUUUGCUGGAGCUCCGCUCAAAAUUCACAAGAUUUCUAACCCCUGGAGAAGCCCCACAGGUUCACUUCCUGCUCUCAGGACCAAAGAUGAAGGUAGCUGCUCCCAACCCAGUCAGAUCAUCAUUCAGUUGAGGAAACAGAAAUACAAUGCAGACUAUGAUCUCUCAGCCAAAGAGGGUGCAGACACUCUGGCCUUCAUCUCGCUACUGGAGGAGCGACUGUUACCUGCACUGAUCUAUGCUUUAUGGAUCGAUCCUAAAAACUACGUAGAGGUGACGCGCCGCUGGCACGGAGAGAACAUGUCCUUCCCGCUCAACUUCUUCCUGCCGGGCCGCAUGCAGAACAGGCAGCUUGAGCGUCUCCGCCUGAUCCGGGGAAACAGUUCGCUGGAGGCGGGAGAAGAGGCAGAGAAGGAGCUUUACCAUGAUGCUCUGGAGUGCCUGAAUCUUCUUUCUCAGCGUCUGGGAUCGAACAAAUUUUUCUUUGGAGAUUCGCCCUCUUCUCUAGAUGCAUACGUGUUUGGUCAUCUAGCUCCGCUUAUUAAGAUCCGGCUGCCUAACUGCCAGCUGCAGCAGAACUUGAAGAAUCUAGACAACUUGAACACAUUUUGCUCUAACAUCUUGAGCUUGUACUUCCCCAGCGAGACUAAAGAGGGCGUCAGUCGUCCGGUGUCCGGCGCGCAGCAGGGGAGCGACUUUGACAACGAGCCAUACAAGAGACGCAAGCAGCUGCUGUCAGUGCUGGUCGCAGUAGCAGCGAUGUUGAGCUACGCUCUUCUCACCGGCAUAGUCGCUAUUGAGCAUGUUCAUGAGGAUGGGCCCGUAGGCCCCGCCUCACUCAGAGGCCCCUCACAUGAGGAAGAAGAGGAGGAGUGAAUGAAAGUAGGACUUUUUAGUUGCGCUGGGAUGGGUCACAUCUACUUGGUGAAGGAACGUACAGGAACAACAUAAUGUCUUAUUUAUUCCUUGACAUAAGCUUUAAUUGCAUGAUAAUCUUUGGUUUUAUAUCUUUGUUCGGAUGACUUUGUUUUUUUCCAUAGAGCUUCACAUGUUGCUUUAAACUCUUGACUGGGUAUAUUCACCUUCGUUUUCUUUUUUACCAAAAAAAUAAAAAGCAGAACUGUUUAUA